CUCGUCCACAAAUCACUCGUCCACAAAUCACCCAUCCACAACUGUCUUUUCUAUUAAGGGCAAAAUUGUCCACAACUGGCCCACAACAAAAUGUGUAACAUGUAAGAAGUGUCUCUAGCUGUAUUAGAAAAUCAAAAAGUUUCCUAGUGUAAUCAACUCUAUAUAUAUAAAGACUGAACCGACCCUUCUUGGUUCCCGUAUCCCCUCGCAAUACUCAACAUACCAACAACAACAUAAUACCAAGAAGAAGCGAAGGCGUGAAACAUCAGAAAAUGGCGGCGAAUUGCGUAAUAACAUCCCCUGAGGAAGAACACACACCAAAACUAGACCUUGUGACGCCACUUGUCUUCAAUCCUUCAAUGCUUAACCUCCAAGCCACUAUCCCAAGCCAGUUCAUUUGGCCUGACGAUGAGAAGCCUUGCCUCGAAGCUCCCGAGCUUGACGUUCCCCUCAUCGAUCUCCAAAACUUCCUCGCCCAUAGCCACUCCACGUUAGAUGCUUCCAGGCUCAUCUCCGACGCCUGUAACAAGCACGGUUUCUUCCUCGUGGUCAAUCACGGCAUCAGCGAGCAGCUUAUAUCUGACGCUCAUGAAUACAUGUCCCGCUUUUUCGACAUGCCUCUCUCUGAGAAACAGAGGAUUCAGAGAAAAGCAGGCCAGAGUUGUGGCUACGCAAGCAGUUUCGCUGGCCGUUUCUCCACCAAGCUUCCGUGGAAGGAAACCCUUUCUUUCCAGUUUUGCGACGACAAGAGCCGCCCAAAAAACGUUCAAGAUUACUUCUGCGAUGCGUUGGGACAUGAGUUUGAGCCAUUUGGGAAAGUGUAUCAAGAGUACUGUGAAGCAAUGAGUUCUCUGUCACUGAAGAUCAUGGAGCUUCUAGGGAUAAGUUUAGGCGUAUCCGGAGACUACUUCAAAUCUUUUUUUGAAGAAAAUGAUUCCAUAAUGAGACUAAAUUACUACCCUCCAUGUCAAAAACCAGAUCUUACAUUUGGAACAGGACCUCAUUGUGAUCCUACUUCUCUUACCAUCCUUCACCAAGACCAUGUUCAUGGCCUUCAAGUCUUUGUCGAUAAUCAGUGGCGCUCCAUCAGUCCUAACCCCAAGGCCUUUGUGGUCAAUAUCGGUGAUACUUUCAUGGCUCUAUCAAACAAUAGAUACAAAAGCUGCUUGCACCGGGCGGUGGUGAACAGCAAGAGCGAGAGGAAAUCACUUGCGUUCUUCUUGUGUCCAAAAAAGGACAGAGUAGUGAAGCCACCAAGAGAGCUUUUGGACAGCAACACACCAAGGAGAUACCCUGACUUCACUUGGUCUAUGUUGCUUGAGUUCACUCAGAAACAUUAUAGAGCAGACAUGAACACUCUCCAGGCUUUCACAGAUUGGCUCACCAACAAACCCAUCCAAUAAGUAAAAGCAAUAUAUAUAUAUAUAUAUGUCUUUGUCUUGUUAGUUACUAUGUUCUUUAUAUUUCAUGUAUAUGGUAAUAGAUCAAUAACACCCUUAGUACUU